GCAGGCCCCACGGACCGGCGCAGGAGCCGGGGCGCUCGGCCGCGGGUGCCCCCCAGAGCCCCGGCCAUGGCUCGGGGCGGCGGCCAGAGCUGGACCUCGGCGGAGUCGGAGGCGGCGGCGGCGGCGGAGGCAGAGCAGCCUGCGGAGAUGGCCGAGGAGACCGGGCCCAAGGAGCAGGGAGACAAGAUGGUGAAGGAGACGCACUACUACGACAUUCUGGGGGUGAAGCCCAGCGCCUCCCCCGAGGAGAUCAAGAAGGCGUACCGCAGGCUAGCACUCAAGUUCCACCCGGACAAGAACCCAGAUGAGGGCGACAAGUUUAAGCUCAUCUCGCAAGUAUAUGAAGUGCUCUCAGAUCCAAAGAAAAGGGACAUCUAUGACCAGGGAGGCGAGCAGGCCAUCAAGGAGGGGACCUCAGGCAGCCCUGGCUUUUCCUCCCCCAUGGACAUCUUCGACAUGUUCUUCGGUGGUGGAGCACGGAUGGCCCGGGACAGACGAGGCAAGAAUGUGGUGCACCAGUUGUCUGUGACUCUCGAAGAUUUGUAUAAUGGAACCACAAAAAAGCUAUCGCUUCAGAAAAACGUCAUCUGUGAGAAAUGUGAAGGCGUUGGUGGGAAGAAGGGGUCCGUGGAGAAGUGUCUGCUCUGCAAGGGGCGAGGCACGCAGGUGCACAUCCAGCAGAUCGGGCCAGGCAUGGUGCAGCAGAUCCAGACCGUGUGUGUCGAGUGCAAGGGCCAGGGCGAGUGCAUCAGCCCCAAGGACCGCUGCGAGAGCUGCCAGGGCGCCAAAGUGGUGCACGAGAAGAAGGUCAUUGAGGUGCAUGUGGAGAAAGGUAUGAAAGAUGGGCAGAAAAUUCUGUUCCAUGGAGAAGGCGACCAGGAGCCAGAUCUGGAGCCCGGGGACGUCAUCAUCGUGCUGGACCUGGAGGAGCACAGCGUCUUUCAGAGACGUGGCCAUGACUUGCUCAUGAAAAUGAUCAUCUUGCUUUCCGAGGCCCUUUGUGGCUUCAAGAAGACGAUUCAAACACUGGACAGGCGGAUCCUUGUGAUCACGUCCAAAUCAGGGGAGGUGGUGAAGCACGGGGACCUAAAAUGUGUGCGCGGUGAGGGCAUGCCCAUCUACAAGACGCCCCUGGAGAAAGGGACCCUUAUCAUCCAAUUCCAGGUGGCCUUUCCUAAAAAUCACUGGCUCGUGUUGGACAAGCUCCCGCAGCUGGAAGCUCUGCUGCCCCCACGGCAGAAGGUCCGAGUCUCUGAGGACAUGGAGCAGGUGGACCUCCAGGAGUUCAGCCCCACUGAGCACAGCUGGCGGCAGCACCGUGAGGCCUACGAAGAGGACGAAGAUGGGCCUCGUGCCGGCGUGCAGUGCCAGACAGCGUGACCAGCCAGUGACAGAACAGCUUUGCCCAGUGGCCUGGCGUCUGCGAUGCCCCACCUGUGCCAGCACUCAUUGCGGGGCAUCUUUCUGGUUUUCUUUUGCUUGUGACUGAAGUUCUAGUUUAAUUUAUAUUUAAAGGUCUUAAGUGUCAAUC